UGGAAAAAACUACGGAAAUUAAUCAUUAAUAGUGUGUUGUGGCCUGUGAAAGGCUCGUAAAACCCACGCUACAAUGGCCGACGUACGAGACAUCCUGGAACUGGAGCGACCGGUAACGCCGGAACUGACGAAAGAGUCGCUGCUGAACUCGAAGAAACGGAAUGUUUACGAAAGACGAAUUGUGGCGAAACGCCCGGAAGGAAUGCACCGGGAGGUGUUUGCCCUGCUCUACAACGACAACAAAGAUGCCCCUCCGCUGCUGCCAACGGACACCGUGUCCGGCUACAAACAGACUAAGGCCCGGUUGGGCAUGAAAAAGGUGCGCCGCUGGGAGUGGGCACCGUUUGUGAACCCGGCCCGCGCAGAUGGUGCCGUGUUUCACCACUGGAAGCGUGCCUCGGAGGAGCAGAAAGAGUAUCCGUUCGCCAAGUUCAACAAGCAGCUGGACAUACCGUCGUACACACUGAACGAGUACAACGCGCAUCUGAAAACGAACCCGACCAAGUGGACCAAACAGCAGACGGACCAUCUGUUCGACCUGGCCAAACGGUUCGACGUGCGGUUCAUCAUCAUGUGUGACCGGUGGGAGCGCGCCAAUUACGGUAUCAAGUCGGUCGAAGACCUGAAAGAGCGCUACUACGAGGUGGUCGGCAUUCUGAACAAGGUGCGCAACAAUAUGUCCGAGAAAAAGAUUUUCGUUUUCGAUGCCGAGCACGAGCGGCGCCGCAAGGAGCAGCUGAAGAAGCUGUUCGAUCGGACACCCAAACAGGUCGAGGAAGAGCAAAUGCUGCUGAACGAACUGAAAAAGAUCGAAGCCCGCAAGAAGGAACGGGAGCGCAAAACGCAGGACCUACAGAAGCUCAUCUCCCAGGCGGACCAACAGCAGACGGAGCACCACCAGAAGGAGCAACAGCAGCAGAACCAGCAGACGCAGAACACGACCCACAAGAAGCAGGACAAAAAGUUGAACAAGAAAAAGAUUCAACAGCAGCCGCGCACCUCGAAGGUUGACUCGGUCGUGAGUGCGGUCGAGAGUGCCGGCAUCAAGUUUACCGAUCUGCGCGGCACGGGCGUAUCGUUGCGGUCGCAAAAGAUGAAACUACCGGCGAACGUGGGCCAGAAGAAGGCGAAGGCGCUGGAGCAGGCGCUCCAGGAGUUCCGGGUCGAUCCGAACCCACCGCCGAUCGAGGAAAUCUGUGUCGCCUUCAACGAGCUCCGCUCGGACAUGGUGCUGCUGUGUGAACUGCGAACGGCACUGGCCACCUGCAACUUUGAGCUGGAAAGCCUGAAGCACCAGUACGAGGCCCUGUGCCCGGGCAAAACGCUCAACAUUCCGCUGGCCCUGGCGAAUCCCGUAACGGAUGACUCGAUGGACGAUAUCGGUGGGCCAAUGGGCUAAAGCGAAUUGAAACAAUAAAC